AUGAUCUCCGGCGACACAUUAUCAGCGAAGAAGCCCAAAGCCAAUACACCAGAAGAAGACCAAAACCCACCAAGCCAAUCAAUCGCACUUCUCGACAACAACAACAACACAGAUUCCUCCGAAUCCGAAUCCGAUUCUUCCACCAACUCCAUCUCAAGCUGCUUCAUCUUCACAUCUCUCCUCAUCGUCACCUGCAUCGCUCUCUCCGCCGCUUCCGCUUUCGCCUUCCUCUUCUUCUCUUCCCAAAAACCCGACCUUUCCCUAACCCAAGUCUCAAAGUCUCCAUCUUUCCACAGAUCCAUAGCUCGCCCACUCAAGAAACUCGACAAGCCCGUCGUCCUCCUGAUCUCCUCCGAUGGGUUUCGCUUCGGGUACCAAUUCAAGUCCAAACUCCCAAACAUCCACCGCUUAAUCGCCAACGGAACCGAAGCCGAAACAGGUCUAAUCCCAGUCUUCCCCACACUCACAUUCCCAAACCACUACUCAAUCGUCACAGGUCUCUACCCAGCUUACCACGGAAUCAUCAACAACAGAUUCAUCGAUCCAGAAACAGGGGAAGUCUUCACAAUGUCUAGCCACGAACCAAAAUGGUGGUUAGGUGAGCCAUUGUGGGAGACGGUAGUGAACCAAGGUCUCAAAGCCGCUACUUACUUCUGGCCUGGCUCUGAGGUACACAAAGGCUCUUGGAAUUGCCCUAAAGGCUUUUGCCAAAUCUACAACGGCUCUGUUCCUUUUGAUGACAGAGUUGAUACAAUCUUAAGCUACUUCGAUUUGCCUAGUAACGAGAUCCCUAGCUUCAUGACGCUUUACUUCGAAGACCCUGAUCACCAAGGUCACCAAGUUGGUCCUGACGAUCCUCAGAUCACGGAAGCUGUUGUCAACAUCGAUAGGUUGAUAGGAAGAAUCAUCGAUGGCUUCUUGGAUCGAAUACCAAGCAGCUGGGUUCAGUACUACACUCCUUUGCUAGCGAUUAAACCGCAUUCGGAUCGAAACGCGGCGGAGAUUGUGGCGAAGAUGAACGAAGCCUUGAGCUCCGGUGAAGUAGAGAAUGGCAAGUACUUGAAGGUUUAUCUCAAAGAGGAUUUGCCUAGCAGGCUGCAUUACGUGGAGAAUGAUCGGAUCCCUCCUAUUAUAGGAUUGGUUGAUGAGGGUUUUAAGGUGGAGCAGAAGAAGAGUGAGGCUAAAGAGUGUGGUGGAGCUCAUGGGUAUGAUAAUGCUUUCUUUUCGAUGAGGACUAUAUUUAUAGGGUAUGGUCCUAUGUUCUUGGAGGGGAAGAAAGUGGCUUCUUUUGAGAAUGUUGAGAUAUACAAUGUGAUCAGUUCGAUUCUUGGGCUUAAGGCUGCUCCAAACAAUGGUUCUGAUGAGUUUGCUUCUAAGGUUUUAUUGCCACGCGCGUAA